UUUAUAGAAACUUUCUCCUUCCUAUUUAUGUUAUUCCAAAGAAAAAGAAAGUACGUAUGAAUUGGUUAGAGUAUAAGUUUCUCAACCGCAUAGCCUCUACCGGGUCUUUACAAUAAAUUCCUCGUAAAUACAUUACUUUAUUGGUGUUACCUUUAAUAAUAUACUCUGGUAGAUCCUCAUACGAUUCAAACACAACUUUUGGAGAAUUUGUUGUUGCCAUUUGCCAACUAUUUUGAUUUCCGUGUCUUGAAUGAAAGCAUGGAGGUAACAGAGAGGCCAAAAGCAAAUCGUUAGAAAAAAAAGUCUCACGACGCCAUUCUGAUCUGAGUAUGAAACAAGCCAUCUUGCUUGGUGUUGUGAGAGGCCCCUUACUCCACAUUAUCAUUUUUCGAGCGAAAUUGCCCUGGAUUAAAAUCAAAAGCAAAAAUAGUGCCCCUUCUAUCCUUUUUCAAUCGACCUUUUCAUUUCCCAGAAAAAUUAUGUUAUCGGCAGAACCAGCUUAUGCACUUGCACGGGCAACAUUUAAGCGUGCUCAACGUGGACUAUUUGGCGGAAAGCACAUUCAGUUUGGUAAUAAUGUCCCUUUUUCAAAGCACAAAACCAGACGUAAUUGGCUACCCAACGUACAGAACAAAAGCUUAUAUUCAGAAACUCUCAACAAAUACAUUGAAGUGAAAGUGACUACAUCUGUUUUGAGAACUAUUGAUAAGAAAGGAGGAUUAGAUGGAUACUUAUUGAAUACAAAAGACAAGAAUUUGUUCAGUGAAAAAGCAUUAGAGUUGAAAGCUAAGCUUAAGAAUGCAAAGAAAUACCAGCCAAAGCAAAAAAACUCGCUAAAACAACAACAACAGCAAACUGUGGUUGAGAUUAGAGAAGGUUCUUCAACAGCUGCAACAACUCAAGCCUUGUAAAUAAGUCGAAUCUAUUGUGUAGACCGUGGUCUAUCUUCAUUACAUACUUUCAGUACAUAUAUAAAGUCAGGAAAACGUUGUGACGACGAUUUCACAGUUAUAAAUCCUCCUUCUCCUUCUAGCCUGUCAAAUAAAAUACC